AUGACAUCCCCCUCAACCCGCCGCCUCCUAAAAGAAAGCGGUGACCUCCAUAAAAACCCAAGCCCCUUCUUCACCGCAACACCAAUAACAGACGACAACCUACACGACUGGCACUUCACACUAGUAGGCCCACCAUCUCCAUCCCCCUACAGUCAAGGUCUGUACCAUGGCCGCAUAACCUUUCCACCGACAUACCCACUGCGCCCGCCAUCCUUCCGCUUCCUGACACCAUCCGGCCGCUUCGAAGUCAACCGCGAGAUCUGCCUUAGAAACAUGGCAGCCGGCUUGGGGGUGCGCACGGCGCUUUUGGCGAUUCGGUCGGAGAUUAUGGGAGCUGAGAGUCAAGGGCAGGUUGGGGGGAUGGAGGGGAGUCCUUCUCUUAGGAGGGAGUUUGCGAGGGCUUCGACGAGUUGGGUUUGUCGCGAGUGUGGAGUUGGGAAUUUGGAGGGGAUGAGGCGGUGGUGGGCAGUUUGUCGGGACCGGGGGGUUGAGGUUGAUGUUGAGACUGAAGGGGCUAGGGUAGGGACUGGGGAGGGUGAGGGGGAGGAGAAGAAGCAGGAGGAGGACGGUGAUGCUCGAGAUCAGAGUGAAGUUCCAGCGCAGGCGUCAGCUCAAGCUUCUGGCCAUCAGGGCGAAAAUACUCCAAUUGCGCCGUCUGCUCCCACCCUUGCUGCGGCUGUCCCUGCCACGUUGCCAGCGCCAGAUCCAGCACCCACACCUGCAUCAUCACCGAGACCUGCAGCUGCAGCUCCUGUGUCUGCACCAGCACCUGCACCUACCCGCACGAUCCCUGCUCAACCAAUACCCUUGGAUCAAGAGUCGUCCGAGGGCGUCUGGCUGGACCGAGCCAUUGUCGGCGUCGUUAUUGCUCUCAUCAUAUUGGUAUUACGACGAGUCGCCAACGUCGACGAUCUAUGA